GACUAUAUUUCGUUGGAUGUAAACCAUACCUCCACCAUCUCUGGUGUGAAGAAAAACAGUGGUGAAGAUCCUGAGAGUGAACCUGAUGACCAUGAAAAAAGAAUACCGUUUACCCCCAAGCCUCAAACACUUAGACAAAGAAUGGCCGAAGAAACAACAACAAGAAAUGAAGAAACAAGUGAAGAAAGUCAGGAAGAAGAAAAUCAAGAUAUUUGGGAACAGCAGCAAAUGAGGAAAGCAGUUAAAAUCUUAGAGGGAGGAGACAUAGACCUUUCCUACAGCAGUGAAUCUCAAACAAUGAAGAAAAAGUUUGAUACUUCGAUUUCAUUUCCACCAAUAAAUUUAGAAAUUAUAAAGAAGCAAUUAAAUACUAAAUUAAUGUUACUGCAGGAUACUCAUCGUUCACAUCUGAGGGAGUUUGAAAAAUACAAAGAAGAUGUCAAGACCUCAAAGAGUAUGAUCCAGAAUCUAGAGAAUUCAUCAAAUCAGGCUCUAAAUUAUAAAUUCUAUAAAAGCAUGAAAAUUUAUGUGGAAAAUUUAAUUGACUGUCUUAAUGAAAAGAUUAUCAGCAUCCAAGAAAUAGAAUCAUCCAUGCAUGCACUCCUUUUAAAACAAGCCAUGACCUUUAUGAAACGCAGGCAAGAUGAAUUAAAACAUGAAUCAACAUAUUUACAACAGUUAUCACAUUCAGAAAAUAUUGUUUUAGAACCCAAAACGGUUGAUCUUUCAACAGAUAAAGAGAAUGGAACACACUACUCCUCAGAAAGUAAGGAUGAUCAGAGUCCAUCUUCUGACAGUUCCAGCUCUCCAGAAGAAAAUGAAUUUUCGUCAGUAGUUCAGAUCCCUGAUACAGCUUUUAUUCAGGCAGCCCGCAGAAAACGUGAAUUGGCUAGGGCCAAAGAUGACUAUAUUUCGUUGGAUGUAAACCAUACCUCCACCAUCUCUGGUGUGAAGAAAAACAGUGGUGAAGAUCCUGAGAGUGAACCUGAUGACCAUGAAAAAAGAAUACCAUUUACCCCCAAGCCUCAAACACUUAGACAAAGAAUGGCCGAAGAAACAACAACAAGAAAUGAAGAAACAAGUGAAGAAAGUCAGGAAGAAGAAAAUCAAGAUAUUUGGGAACAGCAGCAAAUGAGGAAAGCAGUUAAAAUCUUAGAGGGAGGAGACAUAGACCUUUCCUACAGCAGUGAAUCUCAAACAAUGAAGAAAAAGUUUUAUACUUCGAUUUCAUUUCCACCAAUAAAUUUAGAAAUUAUAAAGAAGCAAUUAAAUACUAAAUUAACGUUACUACAGGAUACUCAUCGUUCACAUCUGAGGGAGUUUGAAAAAUACAAAGAAGAUGUCAAGACCUCAAAGAGUAUGAUCCAGAAUCUAGAGAAUUCAUCAAAUCAGGCUCUAAAUUAUAAAUUCUAUAAAAGCAUGAAAAUUUAUGUGGAAAAUUUAAUUGACUGUCUUAAUGAAAAGAUUAUCAGCAUCCAAGAAAUAGAAUCAUCCAUGCAUGCACUCCUUUUAAAACAAGCCAUGACCUUUAUGAAACGCAGGCAAGAUGAAUUAAAACACGAAUCAACAUAUUUACAGCAGUUAUCACGCAACACUGAGACAUCAACAAAUGAAAGCUUGGCUACUGAUGAAAAAACUCAACAGGUUUUAGAAGAGAUUGAAUCCCGAAGGGCACAAAGAAGACAGGCAAGGACACUUUCUGGGAAUUGCAAUCACGAGGAAGGAACUUCUAGUGAUGAUGAACUGUCUUCAGCAGAAAUGACUGAAUUCCAAAAGGGCCAAGAUGACAUUUUACAGAAUCAUAAGAAGAUUUUUGAAGAUGUACAGGAUGAUUUUUGUAACGUCCAGAAUAUUUUGUUGAAAUUUCGGCAGUGGCGAGAAAAGUUUCCUGAUUCAUAUUAUGAAGCUUUCAUUAGUUUAUGCAUACCAAAGCUUUUAAAUCCCCUAAUACGAAUUCAGUUGAUUGACUGGAAUCCUCUUAAGCUGGAUUGCAUAGGUUUAAAACAGAUGCCUUGGUUCACAUCUAUAGAAGAAUUUAUGGAGGAUUCGAAGAAGGAAGGUGGUUCGGAUAAAAAAAUCUUGUCUGCUGUCAUCAACAAAACAAUUAUUCCUCAACUUUCAGACUUUGUAGAAUUCAUUUGGGAUCCCUUGUCGACCUCGCAGACAACAAGUUUAAUAACACAUUGCAGAAUGAUUCUUGAAGAACAUUCCACUUGUGAAAAUGAAGUUAGUAAAGUCAAACAGGAUUUACUUAAAUCCAUUGUUUCAAGAAUAAAGAAGGCAGUAGAAGAUGAUGUGUUUAUUCCACUGUAUCCAAAGAGUGUCAUAGAAGACAAAACAUCACCACAUUCAAAGUUCCAAGAGAGACAGUUCUGGUCAGGUCUAAAGCUCUUCAGCAAUAUUCUUCUUUGGAAUGAGCUUCUCCCAGAUGAGGCCUUACGAGAGCUAGCACUGGAGAAUUUGCUAAAUCGCUACCUUAUUAUAGCUCUUCUUAAUGCCCUACCUGGGCCAGAAGUUGUUAAAAAGUGCAAUCAGGUAGCAGCAUGUCUACCAGAAAAAUGGUUUGAAAAUCCUGCCAUGAAUACAUCUGUUCCCCAACUAGAAAACUUCAUCCAGUUUUUAUUACAGUCUGUACAUAAAUUAUCUAAAAGUGAAUUCAGGAAUGAAGUCAAAGAUAUAAUUCUUAUUCUGGUGAAAAUAAAAGCUUUGAAUCAAGCAGAAUCCUUCGUAGAGAAAUAUCACCUAGACCAUCUUAAAUCAGUAAUUAAAGAAGUUUAAGUAAAUUGUUAUAAGAAAGUACAAAAAUGAGAUUUUAAUAUGGUCAUACUCAGUUGCUGGCUUGAAAACAAGCUGGUGCAGUAGUCUCUUCUUCAUUUCCAGUAAUGGAGGAGAGGAUUGGCAAGAAAGCAGGACUCCAUCCUUCCAUUCCCGGCUUCCACAUUCUACCAGCCUAUACCUGAAAGGUUCCUCCUCCUGAUUCUGAGGUGUUUGAGGAAAUUAAGCGCACAGGAGCAGUAAGAGUUCAAUUAUUUCCAUUUGAUUAUUUUGAGUUCUUUUCCAAGUAAAGAAGGGAGUUGGAGAAACCUUGCUUGUAUCUGUUUGGCUAAAACAUCAUUUAGUUUUCUUCAUUUAUGUCUAUUUUCAAAUAAGUUUUUAAAAAAUGGAAAUUUAUAAUGAGAUUCUUACAUGAAAUUAAUUAUUUGUUAAUAAUACAAAUGAUUAAAGCAUUUUAAGGCUUUUGAUAAACUGAUUGUCAACUUGCCCUUCAGAAAUAUAUACCAAUUUAUUGUAUUAACACACAUAUAAGAAUGUCAAUGAAUGCCCAUCAGCAAUAAGUAUUACCAUUUUUUUAAAGUUCAUUGCAAAUUUGAUAGGUGAAAAAAAUC